UGCCGUGACCCCGCGGCCUUACUUCCGCUUCCGGCAGCGACGAGCGGCUUCGGCGUCGUGGUCUGAGAACUCGGGGAUCUCGAGGUGCUAUAGCCCUAAGGGUCUGUGGUGGCGGCGGUAAUCUGGCAGUUGGCGGCAGUGGCGGAGUGUUGCUGGGAGGGAGGAAGGGCCUGCCUUUGUCCUGCGUCGGGUGGAACUUCAGUCUGGCUCCUCCGCGGAGCCACCUCGCAGCCUCUCCCCGGCCUUCCCCGCUGCCUGAGGUUCUUGUGACCGCUAACCCCGUCGAGUGGGAGCAGAGAGACGGAUCUUGGAAACAUUGCCAAAAUGUCUGACAUUCAAGAAGCUACUAACCAACUCCUGGAUGUUAACCUUCAUGAGAACCAGAGAUCUGUACCAGUGACAGAAGAAAGUGGCACCAAAGAGGAGUCUGAGCAUCUUCAUGUCACUAUUGGAGCCACUGUCCCCACUGGCUUUGAGCAAACAGCUGCAGAUGAAAUCAGAGAGAAAUUGGGGUCAUCAUGCAAAAUCAGCAAAGACCGGGGCAAGAUAUAUUUUGACAUUCCAGUGGAAAGUCUGGCACAGGUUCAUUGUCUGAGAUCAGUUGAUAACUUAUUUGUGGUUGUUGAGGAGUUUAAAGACUUCCAGUUCAAAAAAACAAAGGAAGAAGCUCUGAAAGAUUUUGAAGACUUGGCCAGAAAACUCCCAUGGUCAGAUCCUUUAAAAGUAUGGGAAGUUAACACUUGUUUCAAGAAAAAAAAAACAAAGCGCAAAAAGAUAAAUCUGAAUUCAAGUAAAGAGAAAAUUGUGAACGGACAAGGAGACAAAUUAGAUGAGAGAGACAAUAGAGGAUUUAUCGACAAUGCUUUAGAUUCACGUAUCCUAGACUAUUAUGAAAAUCCAGCCAUCAAAGAGGAAAUAUCAACGUUAGUAGGUGAUGACCUGGCAUCUUCCAAAAAUGAGACUGAUGAACAUUCCAAAGAAGAAACUGAGCCUCAGGUGUUAAAGUUUAGAGUCACAUGCAACAGGGCAGGAGAAAAACAUUGCUUUACCUCAAAUGAGGCUGCAAGAGAUUUUGGGGGUGCUGUUCAAGAUCAUUUCAAGUGGAAGGCUGACAUGACUAACUUUGAUGUUGAGGUUCUCUUGAAUAUCCAUGAUAAUGAAAUGGUUGUGGGCAUUGCACUGACUGAGGAGAGUCUUCACCGUAGAAAUAUUACACAUUUUGGACCUACAACUCUUAGAUCAACUCUUGCUUAUGGGAUGCUCAGGCUCUGUGCACCUCAACCUACUGAUAUAAUAGUUGACCCAAUGUGUGGAACAGGGGCAAUACCAAUAGAGGGGGCUACUGAAUGGUCUAACUGUUACCAUAUUGCUGGUGAUAAUAGUCCACUGGCUGUAAAAAGAGCAGCUAAUAACAUCUCAUCUUUAUUGACUAAGAGCCAAGUUAAAGAAGGCAAAUCCUGCUGGGGCUUGCCCAUUGAUGCUGUUCAGUGGGAUAGCUGCAAUCUUCCACUGAGAACUGGCUCUGUGGAUAUCAUUGUAACAGAUAUGCCAUUUGGAAAAAGGAUGGGCUCCAAAAAGAGAAACUGGAAUCUUUAUCCAGCUUGCCUGCGGGAGAUGAGCCGUGUCUGUAGACCUGGGACAGGCCGAGCUGUACUUCUUACCCAGGACAAGAAGUGCUUUGCUAAGGCAUUAUCUGGAAUGGGACAUGUAUGGCGAAAGGUACAUACAGUCUGGGUGAAUAUCGGGGGUCUUCAUGCUGCAGUUUAUCUUCUGAAACGAACACCUCAAGCUUUUGUUCACUGUUCAGAGCAAGAUGGACAAAGAGGGACACCUUGGUAAUACAAACAAUGAUGGUUAGUAGUUUUUGUACUUCCCAACACUGGAAAUGUCAGCAUGAAGAUCUUGCUUUGAGAGAAUAUUAACAGAAAUGCAGUCUGCAGUAUUUGAACUGGCCCAAAGCUCUUCACCUUGGGUAGCAAAAGAUAUGACUAUAAUGUGAUGUAAUUUAAAGGUUUGAGAAAGCAGAGGCUUUCAGUAGAAUUCUUUUGAGGGUGUGGCUGGCAGUUAGCUUAUCUGCCACCCACCCACCCACUAGGGAUUGAAUGAAGGACCUUGGUACUGAACCAUCUUCCCCAUCCCUUUAUUCUACAGUACUGGGGAUUAAAACCAAGGCCUUCACAUUGGAGUACACCCCCAGCCCUUUCUAUUCUGUUUUUAUUUUUGAUGCUGUGUCUUAAAUUGCUGAGGCUACACUUCAACUUGUGGUCCUCUUGCCUAAUCCUCCAUGUGAAUAAUUUCUUUAAAAUGCUUUACUGGUGAUAAAGCUCACUAAAAUGCUCUGAGGUGUAGUUUUAGAACAUUUUAUUUCCAGGCUUUAUAUUGCGUUUUCUGUUGUGUCAAGUGGAAAGGCACCUUGACCUAUGUAAAAAGCGGAGAACAUAGUCCUAAGAUCUUAGGCCACUUCACAUUGCCUAUGCAGCUUUGCUCUUUAUAACUGAAGUUCUCUUUAUCUCACCCUCAAAAAAUAAGGCACUAUUUUGUGAUGUUUUUGCCCCAUGACAAGAUGAAGUUUUACAAGGUCUACAGAAAAACUUAACAUCUGCCUUAAAAAUUAAAAUUUGCAUCUCUUAUUCAGAUUAACACAGAUUUAAAACAGGACUAAGAUUUUUGAAAGAGAUUAUAAAUACUGUUACUAAUACAGGACAUUUCUGUUUGUAAAGAAUAGCAGAAACAUUGGUAGAUGAGGUAUGCAACCAAUAAGCCAAGUAGACUUUUCUUCCAGUAUAUAAAGGCAUGUGUUUUGAAAUA